AUUAAGUCUUAUGGUCUACUAAUAUUUUUUUUUUAACAGAAGUGAUUUCGAAUAAUUUAUAUUUAUUUAUUCUUUAGAAAUUUGCCAUGGAGAAACUGCGACUUGUUUCAUCAAAUAAGAUAUUUGGAGGUUAUCAAAAGGUAUUCUCUCAUGAAUCAUCUGAACUGAAAUGCACCAUGAAUUUUUCUAUUUACUUGCCACCGCAAGUCGAGGGUGAUGUUAAAUUACCAGUAAUAUUUUAUCUUUCUGGUUUAACUUGUACUGAACAGAAUUUUAUAACCAAAGCCGGUUUUCAAAGAUAUGCAGCAGAGCAUGGUAUAAUAGUGGUUGGACCUGAUACGUCUCCAAGGGGUAUAAAAAUCCAAGGUGACAAUGAGUCUUGGGAUUUUGGAGUUUCAGCUGGUUUUUACUUAGAUGCUACCAAAGAGCCUUGGUCUACUAACUAUAGAAUGGGUAGCUACGUCAACAAAGAGUUGUAUGAAUUGAUUCAAGCUGCAUUUCCUGUCGUAGAUCCUGACAGAAUUGGUAUUAUGGGACAUAGUAUGGGAGGACAUGGUGCACUUGUGUCUACUCUGAGGAAUCCUGGCUUAUACAAGUCGGUGAGCGCCUUUGCCCCUAUUUGUAACCCCAGUAAGUGCCCUUGGGGUGAAAAAGCAUUUACAGGUUAUCUUGGUGAAAACAAAACUGAAUGGGCUUCAUGGGAUGCAACUGAACUUGUCAAGAAAUAUAAUGGACCUCCAUUAACUUUGCUUUUGGACCAGGGAGCUGGGGAUAAGUUCUAUAUUGAAAAGCAGCUCUUGCCAGAAAAUAUAGUGGAAGCAUGCCGCUCUGCAGGUGUUCCAGUCAUAUUAAACCUACGAGAAGACUACGACCAUUCAUAUUACUAUAUUUCUACAUUUAUUGGAGAACAUUUUGAUUUUCAUGCAAAAAUCCUCAAGAGCUAGAAUUGAUAUCAGAGUUCAUUUCAAAAUAUAGUGCAUUUAUUGAAUCAAAUAUAUAUUUUAUUGUAUAAAAUGUUGUUAUAAAAACGAAUAUGUUAUAAACU